UAUCGACGUAUAGAAUUGUAAGAUGAAUCGCAAACAUCACAUGCUAAUACCUGCAAUUAAUGAAAGAUAAUUCGAACAAUCUACCAAAUGCAACUCAGAAAAUUUUGUUAGAUCGUCAAUAGUAAUAAACUUUGGUAGUCAUGUAUCAAAUGAUAUGGUUACAUGGCAUUGUUAUAUACUUGCUGGCGAAUCUUGGGUUACUCUUCCGAAUUUGGUGGACUCGAGAUUGUUCAGGACUCAGUGCCAAAAGUCAAUAUCUCUUUGCUGUGGCUCUUACACUACAAUAUGCAGAUCAUGUGUUUCUCGAAUCGACCGCUUUGCUGGGAUUCGAAAUCGUAAAAAUAGUCUUCGUGGCGUUAUCCUACGCCAUUGUAGUGUCAAUUCUGUGUUUCUUUAAGGGGACGUACGAAAAAAGAUAUGACACUACCAGAAUUUCCACGAUAGUGUUACCCAUGGUAAUAUGGGCUCUUUGGAUCAAGCAGGAUAACUAUUGUGAAACGAUGAAGAACUUGGGAAUGAUGCUUGGAAUAGUGGCUAUGGUGCCGCAGUUCCACUUCAUCAGUGAAUCGAUGCGCAUUCACACUUAUAUCAUUAUUUAUAUCGUGGCGAUGGCCAUUUCUUGCUCCCUCUCCCUUGCCCACAGUAUUGUAAAUUUUGUGGAUUACAGGCCGCAUUACAUGUACGAAUACGUUGUUAGGGUGGCUGAUGUCGCGUCCUUAAUUGUAUAUUGCGACUUUUUCUUGAGGAUUCUACCCUGGUUGAUGUAUCGCCGCGAUAAAGCACGAAUGCAGGCCACUUCUAAUACCACAACAACUGAUAGCAGAACUCCACAGCCAGUCUAGUUUAUACGCUCGAUCAUAUGGCUAACUGAAUAUUUUCAUUGAAAAUUAUGACGACAAUAAAAUAAAAACACAGGUCUGAUUUUGCGUUACCAAGAGAGGCUCAAGACUUAUUUGCUCCUAGAUUCAAGCUUUCAUUUUUAAAUUAACGACAAUCUAGAAACUCUUGGACACGUUGUACUGAGAUAUGGAAGCUCUUGAACUCGCUUUUUACAUAUCAUUUUCACGCUUUUAACUACAGGUGAAUGAAUUAGAUUUACCACGUGUGGCCAGAAGUAAUCUUGACAUUCUUAUCGUGAAUUAGAAAAUAAAAUUGAAUGGGUAUGUAGAAAGUCGUGUAAAAUAUGCUGACAUAAGUUUUAUUUUUUUUAAUUAGGUAAAACAUAUUUUUAUAAAUAAUUUACUUAGAAUA